UCUUAUUAAUUACAUUACGUAUCUCUUCAGAGAUUUUUCAUUACGACAUUAACAUUGGCGAAUACAGUACGUUACGUUAUCACUAAAAUAUUUAAAAAUUAAACAUGAAAUUGACAAAGAAUAAUUUGGAUUUAAUGAAAAAAGUCUUCGAAAUAAAACCUUGUGUUGUGUUGAGAGCAAAAUAUUCACAAGCUUGUACGCCGGAGUUCUUUAAGUUUUACGAUGAGAAUAUUAACGUGGGUGACCAUAAAGUGUUGGAUGUCGAAGACUAUGGUCGAUUUAUAAGCACCAGGUCUUCAAGGAGAGAACCAGCUAUCACAAGAGUGAUCAGUAAGUACCACGCCCUACGUCACAGGUCCGCGAGGUCGAGGAAGCUCAAUGUCACAAGAACAUUCGACUACCCGGUAAUGCAUCCCGAAUUGUCGAGCGAAACAAUCGCAUUUUUACUACAGUUACUACUUUGAUUUGACGUGAUUUUGCUGCAUAAUGAUGUCCAUAGGUUCAUGUGAGAGUCUGUACCCAAAUAGGUAAGUCCCACGGAAGUCCACACUUAACACGUGUUUAUGCAAUACUUCCACGACGGCGGAAUCAAAAACACACACAAUAUUUAUAGGAUUGGUUGGCUGUGAACUCGUCAACACAUGCAGUUCUUGUGGAUGAAGUUACCUCAAGUGCGACAUCGCGUGCGUCGCGUCGCCACUAAGGGCUGAUCAGUAAAUGUUUGUGCUAAACUUGACUUUGCCAUGUCGACCGUGACCAGCGAAACUGCUCUUAUCACAUAACCUUCACUAUCUAUGUAAAGCAAUGUUAUCGCAACGAUUAGCUAAAUAUUAACAUAAGAAUUAUCAUUUGUCACUUGUAAUCAUCUGUCAUUUAUAUAAUAUUUGUAGAUUUAUUUAGAAUGCUCGUAGUACAGCGCUAUCACGUGUAAGCUUAGUAAAUAUUAUUGCGUUCUAUCAAAAUAAAGUGCUGCCAACGUAAUCGGCUUAUUGACACUGGCAAUGUGUGUCGUUGGAGUUAGCGGGGCGCGAUGUCGGACGUACCCACGACCCCAUACAAACUCGAAGGAUGCAACGCGCGCGGAGAACAAGUACCAGUUGAUUUUGUUUCAAACUAUAAUUUAUAAAAUAUACAUAAUAAUACGGAAUACUUCACAAUGAAUAAAAAAUAAAAUACUAGAUAGCGUUUUCUGUGAUAUAAUAAGAAAACAACAUUUAAAGCUCUUAAUCUCUUUUAAAUUAAUAUUUCAAACAGUAUUAUUAAACUAUACAAAACUGAUUUCUCUUUUCACUGAAUGACCGACAGCUUCCCUCGCAUAUAAAGUAGAUAAAAAGAUGAUCUCCCUAGCCGAGGGUAUGCCCAACGAAGGGGUGUUUCCGUUCAAGAAACUAAGCAUGGACAUGAAAAAGGGCGGUGGUAUAAUGAUGGAGGGCAAAGAGCUGGCUGCGGCGUUGCAGUAUGUGCCUUCACAGGGGCUUCCAUCGCUACUGACGGAGCUUCGCAAAUUUCAAGAGGACAUACACCGUCCUCCAGACGUGCCCCGAGACCUCAUGAUCACCAACGGCGGGCAGCACGGCAUCUACCAGUGCGCUGAGCUACUCCUGGAGCCCGGCGACCCCAUCGUCACCACUGAGUACGCCUACACUGGUCUGCACAGCACCUUGAAGCCAUACCAACCAGAAAUCCUUGGUGUACCCGAAGACAAUGACGGUCUCAUCCCUGAAACACUUGAAUGCAUUUUGGAAGACCGACUCUCGAGGGGUCUAAAGAUGCCGAAGAUGAUGUACGUCAUUCCAACAGGCAGCAAUCCUACCGGAACUGUCAUCCCGGUGGAAAGGAGAAUGAAAAUAUAUGCGUUAGCUUGCAAAUACGACUUUAUUAUUGUUGAAGAUGAUCCUUAUAUGUUCUUGAAUUACAGCGGGCGUCCAAUAGCUUCUUUCCUAUCAAUGGACAAAGCCGGUCGUGUGAUCCGCCUGGAUUCAGUCUCCAAGGUCGUGAGCGCUGGUCUCCGGGGAGGAUGGGUAACCGCUCCAUCUCCGCUAUUGGAAAGACUGCAGUUGCACUCUCAAGCAGAGCUACUCCACCCAUGUACCCUGUCCCAGGCGAUUCUACUGAAGCUGGUUCAGUGUAGGGAGACGUUAGGUUCAUAUCUGAAGUCUGCGCGGGACUUGUACUGGAGCAGACGGGACGCGCUUCAUUCAGCGCUGCAGCCGCUGGAGGGGCUGGCGGACUGGGCCGUUCCUGACGCUGGACUAUUCUUCUGGCUGAGGGUUCGAGAUGUCGACGACGUUUAUAGUAUGAUCCACACAGCCUUCGAACGAGGUCUGAUGCUGGUUCCAGGACAAGCGUUCAUAUACGACAGCAACGCGUCGUGCCAGUACAUCAGACUGACGUUUAGCAAGAUCCGACUGGAAGACAUGAGCACGGCAUCCCAGAUAUUAUCGGAAGUUAUAAGAGAUGAACAGAAAAAGUCUUUGGAGAAGGAGCCCAAACGAUACGCUACUGAGAGCUAGUGCUGUAAGCAAUCAAUAGCUUAUCAUCUAAAUUAGAGUAUCUUGUAAUAUUAUAAACUAGCAUAGAGUAGCUUAUAAUCGAAAAUAAAAUCUAAAGUAGAGACAGCUAAUAAUUAAAACUGCAUUAUGUUUCUUAACCGACUUCAAAAAAGGAGGAGGUUCUCAAUUCUACUGUAUGUUUUUUAUGUUUGUUACCUCAUAAAUUUUGACUGGGUGAAUCGAUUUUGAUGAUUCUUUUUUUAUUAGAAAGCUUUCACUUAGACACUUUCCGUGUGGUCCCAAUUUAGUCCAGUUCUGAUAAUGGUAUCCAUGAGAAAACCAAACAGUGUUAAAUUUGCAUUAAGUACGUGCGACAUAUAGAUGAUUAACUCAAUAGCUCAAUAUCACGCCAACCGAUUUCAAUGAUUAUUGUUUUUAGUGUAUAUUAAUUUGUUUUGGGAUAUCUUUUUUUUUCUAUUUGAAGUCGGUUUUUAUUAAAGCAUGUCUAUUUACAAUUAUUUUUGUUUCGAUCGCGUUUGUACCUGACUGUGCUUGAGAACACGCGAGAGACAACGCGACGUAAUCUCUGGCAAGAUCAGUUACUUGAUUGAUUGCUCUAAUAUCAAAAUAUUAAUGAAUUAUAGUCGUCUCCCCAUAUUGCAUCGCAAGUCGCUAACAUGCUAGCUGCUUUAAUCGUCCUGUGUGCAUUUAGUUCAUGUAAGCAAAGUGACACAUGGGUAAGUGAAAGCGUCAUUUAUUGAGAGGUAUACUUACAGUACAGUUUUUGUAGGCAGCGGCUUGGCUCUGCCCCUGGCAUUGCUGAACUCCAUUGGCGACGGUAACCACUCACCAUCAGGUGGGCCGUAUGCUCGUCUGCCUACAAGGGCAAUAAUAAAAAAAAAGUACAUCAUUUAAGUAUAGAUUUUCAAAAUCUUCUGAUGAAAGUUCUAAUCCUAACUAGAGAACAAAGUAUUAACUUAAGCGGAUAAUCCUUGCAAACUUAUUGAUUACGAACAAACAGUCAAUUUAUAAAUUGUAUAGUAGUUAUUUAUUAGUAUUUUCAUGAGUUCACUAAUAAUGAAGACAUGAGUGGAUGAAGGGGAUAUGAUACAAUCUGUUAAUUUUGAGAAAAACGAGCAACAAAUUUUUGUUACUUGUUGGUACUUUUUCUUCGUGAAUAACUCCUUCAUCACAUGCAAUUUCUAAAAAUAGCCUUUAAACCCGGAUUUUAAUGGUCUAAUAUGGUUUUUAUGCACAUAACACCAUUAUUCAGUGUAAAAACAAAAAAAUGUUAAAAAUGGUACUUAAUCCCUUCAUUCACUCAUGUCUUCAAUUGUCUGCGACUGGGAACCCGCUAUUUCAAUAGAGGCGAUAUUUGUAGUGCAUACCACAGGGAAAAUCUUGAUUCACUCCAAGAAUACAACCGUCUCCUUUAAUGUCUACAAUACCGUGUAUUGUAAAUAUAUUAAAAUUGAAUGUAUUAUUUAUCUAUCUAUCUCUUAGGUUUAUGACGUUUUCUUUUAGAUUUCGCCAAUGUCAAGUGAUGUAUUAUUUAGGUAGGUACACCAGACACCUAUCCUAAAUUGUUCGAACUCCGAAGUUUAAAAAGUUUUGACAGGUGACAGAUCAUACGAGGCCACGGGAUCCGUACCGUUGGAGAACAAAUAAAUAUGAUUGAUUAGCUUUGUACUAUUAUAAGUCUGUAUUAUUUUAUUCUUAAAAAAAAACAAAUUUCGGUAUUCAAUUCAUUUUUAUUAAAUUUAAAAUAUUAUUGUUUAAUUUACCUAAAUUUAAGUUUACUUCUCUUGUAAUUGUUUAGCCAUUAUUAAAAAGUAAAAUAAAAUUUCAUAGACAAUAAGUUAAUUUAAGAUAAAUAUAUACAUAUUUCAUGUUAUAAA